AUGUCAUUCCUCCCAAGAACACACAACAACGAGAUCAACAAUACCGGCAAUGGCAUCCAUAAUACUCGCUACGACCAAUCCUACCUCAAGGCUCACCUCGAAUCCUAUUCCAUGAAACCUGUCUCUCCCUAUGACACCCACGAUCCCAAUGAAGCGUUCUACAACAACCCUGAACCGAAUUUACCUUGCAAUAAUCCAAAAGACCCGUUAGAAUACGUCCCGCUUAAACGACCGCGCUGGAUCCGCGUUCUCAAGCUCGAACCAGGAUUCGUCUAUAUGAAGAUCCGCGUUUCACUCCUCCACCUCAACCUCGACGAUCCGUCCCAUCUUCCCUACGAAGCUAUAAGCUACACCUGGCGCGCAUACUACUCUUUCGAAGCGCACAAGGAUGACUGGAAGGAGGACAUUAUCUGCAACGGCCGCUAUGUACGCAUAACGCGCAGCCUUUUCCACGCUCUAUCAGUGUUCAGACGGACUGAUCGCGCAAGGAUCAUCUGGGCAGACGCGCUGUGCAUCAAUCAGGAAGACGAGCAAGAGAAAGGACACCAGGUCGGGCUCAUGCAGCAGAUAUACAAGCGCGCGUUCCACGUGCUGAUCUGGGUUGGGUAUCGAUGGACGAAGGUCGUGAAGGAGAGUAUGGAUCUGGUGUGUGGGAUCGUGAACCAAGAGUAUUCGACGGAAGAAAGAAGAGGUGUUGUAGCGGAGUGGUACGAUGAGCCCAGUAUUCUGGAAAUGGAUGAUGUGGCGCCUCCAAACCCGGAUUCUCCGUCGUCUCUUUACGCAGAGGACAUUCCAGAGCAAGAGGAAAAAACAAGACUUGAUGCGCAGAAUUUGAAGCCGCUGAAAGAUCUGUUCGAGGCGCUGUAUUUCUCGCGGUUGUGGGUGUUUCAAGAAGUGGCACUGAGUCCGCUUGCGACUAUGUGCUGGAGUCAGGCGCGCGUUCGCUUUGAGUGGGUUGCCCUCGUUGCUGAUCUAAUAUCGCGGAAUCCGGAAUACCUGAGUGCUUUCUCUAUUUAUGAGGAAGCGAUUGAUGGCUUACAGAAUUGUGCCAACAUGUAUAAUGCGUGGAGGGGCAAAUACGCCGAGACCCCAUUUUUCGACCUUCUACUUAGUACGCGAGCGUUAAAAUCAGGUGUUGGAAGGGAUAAAGUUUACGGAUUGCUGGGGAUCAAGACGAGUGAUACAGAUCCAGAGAAAGAUGUUGUGUUCAUCAAGGCGGACUAUGCGAUCGAAGAGCGUGAAUUAUGGAAGAGUGUUGCGCUCAAGAUCUUAGUCGAACAGGGUGAUGUGAGGUGUCUGGCUGCUGUCAAUCACCUCAAUACUCCGACUGAUUCCCCGUCGUGGAUUCCGAACUUUGCAAACCUCUCUGAGUUAUUCCUCCCUUUUCUUCACGCAGAUGCGCACAAUCAAGUAGAAAAGGCCUGUGUAUUUCUCGACCCAUUCUGUCGUAUACCAGAUUGUCUUUCCGUGGAGGCCAAUACAAUCGAUUCGAUCGUGUCAAUCAUCAGGCCUGACUUCGAAUUUAACACGCACUGGCGCCACAUCUCAACCUGCAUGCAACUGCACCGACUGAUACGCCGUCUCGAAUCCACGUUCUCUUGGGACACGUUAGCCCUGUGCCUCACGCAAGGCUUUGACUUCUCCUUCACGAAGGCAGUGACUGAUAUCACCAGCCACAUCGCUGCUCUACGCGCCUUCUACGCCUGGGGCGAGGGACCCUGCCUCACUAAAGACGAUCUCGUCAUCCCUCCUUCAGACACAGCGACCGACGAUGCCAAGGCGGCUUAUAACUUCUUUUGUGCUUCUGCGAAAGCCGUUCAAGGGAAGUGCCUGUUCAUCACAGAAAUGAGGACACUGGGUAUUGGGCCCGGACAUCUGCGAGGAGGAUGCACUUUAGUAUCUGUGCAUGGAUCUUGUGUGCCUUUUGCAGUGAGGAGCGUGAGUGCCGAUCUCGAGAAGGAGCAUUGGAGGCUUGUCGGUCCGUGCUAUGUACCAAUGGCAGACGGCAUGUCGCUCGCGGAUCGGAACGUGGUUCCUGAAGGGAGGGGAGACACGCAUACGCUACACAUUCUUUAG